CUUAGCUAGUUUCUGAAGGCCGGUUGUGUCCGGUUUAUGUAGUCUCGUGACAGCCUGUUGCUAGGGAAACCGCACCAGUGGCCACACAGCCAAGGCGCGCUGCUGUGAGUUCGUCAACACAGCACAGUGUGUUGGUGUUUUUGAGGUUUCGGCUCAGAAAACUGAGAUUAUGCCCGAUGUCUUCACUGGUCACUAUUCGAUAUGGCCCUUACGAAUCGUGUGGAGUUGUUCAUCACAAGACAUUCCGCCUAGAAGGCCUGCAAGCGGUUCUGAGAGACUGUGGCUACGUGUGUGUUCUUGAGGAAGCACCUGACUGGAACCAGGUGGAGCUGGUGGUUCAUGGAGAAAGCGUCUAUCAGUGCGACAUCAACAAACUGGAGUUUGGAGGUGAUGGGCGGCUUGAUCCACUGUGCCAAGAGGCCCUAGAAGCAGUAAGGACUGCAUACCAACAACACCCAAUAUGAUACUGGAAUACUGAUUAAAAAGACAAACAAAUCA